UUCACCGUCGUAUUUAUUUCUGAACUCACCAGAUAUAUAGCUAUCAUUUGAGAGUCAGAUUUGCUGGCGGUCACAUUCGAAAAUGUAUUGUAAAAUAGUGAAUUGUGCGCACAUCUUACUUCCAUUGUUCAUAAUUCCAUUUGUUGGAGCAAGGCUGGUCGAUUCGAAUAAUUACGUAGACAAAGUGGUGGAACAAAUGGUUGCUUGCAUGGAUAAUAAUAGAAAAUUUAUUGAUAAAAACUUUCCCGUCGACGAUUGCGAAUCAACAAUCAACACCACACGUUAUGGUCAGACCGCGAUUGGUAAAGUUGAAUUUCGGUCAGGAUUUUUGGCAUCGAUUGACAGCGCAAUCAUUCCAAAGCCAACAUAUCAUGAUUAUAUUAAUAAUAAACAGAGUUGGAUGGAAGCGGAGUUUAAAUUGUGCGGCGUAACAGUUUUUUACGAUGUACACUACAAUCUGGAGGACAAUAAAAAAGGAGAUGCCACAUUUCGGGUGAAAUAUGACAGUGUAGAUUUUGACUUAAACAUCGUUCGUGAACAUAAUGCAGAGGUGAAAAGUACUUUGAUUUAUCGCGGUAUCAAUUCGGGCGGUCGUGGACAAUGGGGCACAGCUGUAACAACACAUCCAAACACACCACAAGUUCAAUUGAUUACUAACACUAUUCGAAGCGAUUCCCAUUUUCGAGAUCCAUUGAUGAAAACUUUGGCCCAAUGGAAUCUCCCACUGGAUAUGUGCUUGAAAGAGGCCAUACAAAAAGUUGAAUACCCCGAAAUAAACUACCUACAAUGAAACCAACUGAUUUUGUUCCAAAUUUUUAUUUAGCUCUUCUAUACUAAUGUACAUGUUGAACAGAUGUUCAAUGUCUUAAUUUUUUUUAAAUUAAUUUUCGUUUUGAUUCCAUUUUUUAUGUAUGUUAAAUACAACGAGUUUACUUUAUCUUA